CAUUGGUAUCGUUUCUUAUGAAUACAUCUUUCUGUAAAGAAGGGCUCUUGCUAAGGAAAUCCAUUUGGAGCCCAAUGUGGUUCAGAACAAGCUUCUGAGUGAUGAUGCGUCGCCAUCUGACGAUCUCGCUUUGUUUUUCUCCACUUGCCACUUCCUCAUUCAGGAGUUAACGGCCCAAAGACCUUGUCAUACUUUGGUUGACCUCUGCAUCAUGUCGUGAACAUUAAAGGUGGAGGAUACUGGAGCAGUGUGACUUUAGAUAGAAUUGCAGUGAAUGAAGUAUAGUUCAGCGUUUCCCCAGAGUGUGGCUGGUCAAAAGAUAUAAAUUUCACAAUGUUGCAGCAGAUCUUGGAGAAGAUGUACAUCGACCCCGAACUCUUGGCAGAGUUGUCGGAGGACCAGAAGCAAAUGCUGUUUGUCAAAAUGAGAGAGGAGCAGGUGAAAAGAUGGCACCAGUUUGAAGCUAAAAUGGAGGAAGAGGACAAGAAAAAAAACAAGAAACCCGCAAAAUCAGGAAAGAAACAAGUAAAUUUCCUGAAAGGGCGAGAUGGUUGCGAGUGGGUGUGGAUCAUGGGUGAGCACCCUAAUGAUAAAUCCAUAGAACAGAUUCUCGAGGAAGAAGCACAGAAAACAGCUCAAAAGUUGGCUGAAGCAGAAGCUGUGGCACUCAGGGAGAAAGAGGAAACAGAGCUUCAUCGGAAAAUGGAAGAAGAGAAGCUGAGAGUGAAGCGAGAUAAUGAAGAACGUGAGGCCAAGAUCAAACGUGAGCAGGAGGAGGCAGCUCUGUAUCAGUCCAUCAAAGAAGCCAGGUUGGCAGUCGAGAGAAUGGAAAUUGAGAAGAAGAGAAUGGAGGAAGAAGAAAAGAAAAGGCUUGCGGAAAUAGAACAGAAAAAAAACCCUUCUCACAAAAUGAUGGAGGACCCUUGCCCUUCACCAAUUAUAACAAUUCCAUCUGAAGUAUUGGAGCAAGAAAAACGGGCCAAGAGAAGAUCACGGGAGUUUGCGGAGAGCAUGCGGGAAAAGAGGAGCAGUGAGAUUUUCUCCACUCUACAAAGAAAACACCAGACCCUGGUCAAACUGGCAGAGGAAGGAUCUCAGGAAGCUGAGUCGACAUGGUUAGAGCAAGAGAAGAAAGCGAAGGAGGCGGACAAGCAAAUUCGUGAGCUUGCCCGCAAAGCUAGAGUGGAAUACAAGGAGUCCUUACGCCGUUCCUUCACCAUGAUGCAAGCUGCACAAGCCUUUUCUGGUGCGCCAGCUAGCCCGGGGAACAAGCCACCUUUACCUCCUAAGAAGCAUUUGAUAGUCACGUCUGCCCCUGGAAUAACCAACAAAAAGCCCCGACCCCUGAGACCAAAGGGGCAGGAUAUGAUCAUCAGUUGGUUUCAGAAGGAGGAAAAGGAUAAAGGAACUGGCCUGGACCCUGCGACUGGCAAAGUAGCGGAAUGGUUUCAUGGCAUUAUCAAUCGAUCAGAGUGUGAGAAACUUUUGGAGUCCAAGAAAGAUGGGUCCUACCUUAUACGAGUGAGUGAGCGGGUCUGGGGCUACACGUUAUCCUACAAAGAAGCCAGUCGUUACAAGCACUUCCUUAUAGACGCGUCAGAUCUCGGAUACCAGUUCUUCGGUGCGGACCAAACUGUGCAUAACUCUCUUGCUGACCUAGUCAAGUUUCACAAGGAGAAUCCAAUCACUAUAUCAGGACAAGAAAAGCUUGUCUACCCCUGCGGCCAAAAUAUUGAUCCUCCUGACUACUGGAAUCUAUUCCACGGAAAAACUUCAGAAUCUACACCUUUGUAGCAUAGGUACAGGGUGUUUUACCUGAGUUUUUUUUUUUUUUUACAAUUGUUUUCUCAAUCUUUGAGUAGGAAUUUGCAAUGUUUUUCUUGCAAUUUUGUGAACGUAAAAUCAACUCGUAGUGAUUUUUAGUGAUUUGUUUUUCAUAUCUCGAUUCUUCAAUAUGGCUGUUGAAUAGAAAAAUCUGUUGAAAUUAUCCUAUUCAUCAUGUGUUUUCGUCAUUUGCCCCGUACAAUUUUGGUUAAUAACAAUACAUGGUUGUUGUGAAACAAAUCAAAAUGAACUUUUUAUAUUUCAAAAUGUCAUUUUUUUCCCCCUUAUGGUGCUUCAAUUCGGCUUGGUAGAAUGGUAGCAGUUUUUGGAUCACUCUUGUCGUUUUCCUUGGCACCCAUUCCAAUGCAACAUUCUUUCAUCAUGAAGUGCACUUUUGAGGAGAAAGUUUCCAAACAGUCACAACUGGGGUUUUGAAAAAUGUGUUGUAUUUAACGAUGCCAAAAAAUUGUAAAAGUCUGUAUCAAAAUGUAUUGAGCCAUAUCAGAAGGUAAAAUGAUUUUCUUUAAAAAAAAAAUCAUUUUGAGGCAUUUCAAGAGCUUUGAAUUUAACGGUGUUUGCUUUUAGCGAUUUAAAGUGUGCUCUUGAAAGAUGGCAUGGUGCUUGUUUGCUUCAACAGAGUGUUCCAGAGCUCCUUUAGAUAGUGUUGUGGAAGAUGGUGCAACGAUCUGAUCACAUCAAAACCCCGUCCCCAUCCCUCCAUAAUGUCCUCCCCUUGAACAGUUCAGUUUGUUAUUCAUUUUAUGUCAUUUAUUUAAAAUGCAUGUACAUCGUUCUGGAAAAUUGUUAGUAUCGUAUAAGUUUCUACUUAUAUCUCUGUUCGGUACGGUGAUCUGAAUGCCUUACGUAUAGCUUAUAGAUACCUACAUGAUCAUACAGUGUGUAAUCCGAUUUGUGAAGUUGUGAGGUUACGGCUCGUUUUAACCCAAUACCAGAUGUCAAAUUGAUCUCUAUUUGUAUCCUUCCAGGAAAAGAAAUUUGAUUGCUGGUUUCUUAAGAGCAUAUUUUUUCGUCUUAUGAUUCUUGUAGAACUAAUAGUAGGUACAUUGGAUUUUUUGACUCAAGUGCAAUUUGUAUAUUAUCUUCUCUUCCUGUUUUUUUUUCAUUUUACAAUGUCACUGAACCAUGGCGAGAUUACUACUAAGCUAAUGGGUGUUUUUCUCUCUUAAAAUUUCUGUAGUCCCUGUAGUCUGCAAUGGGAUGUGCUUUUUUUUAUAAUUGCUAAAAAAUUUGUUCUUUUUGUCUUUAUUUAAUACAUUUCUUGUGCAUUUGGAUUUAAUUUGAAUUGACUUUCUAAUGACAGACUACAGUAUUUUUUUUUUAGGAGAAUGUGCUAUGUUUUGAUAGGUAGGCCUAUUUCAUUUCCAGUUGUCUUUGCAAAGUGAUUUAACUUUUAAAAAUACAAAAA